UUCAAAGUAUUUUACAUUAUUGUGAAAAAAUUAAAUUUAUUCAUUUUACAAAAUUAAAUCAUGAUAAUAUUCCAGAUUUAAAUGAUUUGAUUUUAAAUUUUAGUAAUACUUUAAAAUAUCUUACCCUUGAUAUUGAUUGUAUAAGAAUAACUACUCCUUAUAUGGAAGAUGAUGAUUCUAAUGUUAUUCAAAAUAUGAAAAAAACAAGUACCCUUUUAUUACAACAACUUGGUCAAUUAUUACCUCCUACUUUAGAAUAUAUUGAUUUAUUUUUAAUAAUUGAUCCUAUUAAUCUUGAAAUUUUUUUAAAUAAUAUUAAACAUAUUAAGAAUUUAAAAAAAUUAUUACUUAGAAAUUCAAGAGAAUUUUAUUUAGAUGAAAAUUUAAAAUUAUUAAAAGAUUUUAUUAUUGAAAUGUUUAGUAUAAAAUAUUUUUCUUAUAGAAUUGGUAAAGGUGCUGAUACUCUUGAAUGGGAUUUAGGUGGUAAUAAUUCAAAAGAAAAAGAAAAAUCAAAAGAAUUUGAAUCUUUUGUUAAAGUUCGAAAAUAUUCUGAAGUAAUGGUUAGAAUGACUGAACCAUUUUAUAAUGAUUUUACUGCAAAUUAUGCAUUGUGAAAAAAAAAAAAAAAAA